AUGUCACGAGCCAAACUUCGAGGCUCAGUGGAUACUUGCGAUGCACCAUUUGCUUCUCUAAACAGAGGUAUAUUACUUUGUUCUGAUUGUGCAUCAAUUCAUCGUUCACUUGGGACUCAUGUGUCAAUUGUCAAGGCUUUGAGGCAAGGAUGUUGGAACCCUUCAGUUCUUAAUUAUAUCAAUCAAAUCAACGGUCAUGGGGCAAAUUCUGUAUGGGAACAUGUUUUACUUGAUCCAAGCUCAAAACAACAAAAGCGAAAGCCGAGUUCAAAGGAUUCUAUUCCAGUCAAGUCACAAUUCAUUCGUGCGAAGCAUGUCAAUUUGGAAUUCGUUUUGAAACCAACAUUACAAGCUGAUAACUCGACGAGUCUUGAGAAGGAGUUAAGUACACAGCUUCACGCAAGUGUAAGGUCAUCAAAUCUUGAAACAUCUUUGAGAUUGCUGGUUCAGGGAGCAGAUCCAAACUUCAUUCAUGAAGAGAAAGGCUCGACAAUGCCUUUGCAUGUUGCAGCUAAAUUUGGUCAAGCAGCACAGAUUGAACUUCUUCUUGUUUAUGGUGCUGACAUCAAUGCAACUGAUGGAAGUGGAAACACAGCCAUUGAUCAUGCAAAACAGAAUCAAUUUACACAAAUUGCUGAACGUUUAACUGAAGCAAGUUUCGAAGUCACUGAUCGAAUUAUUUAUUUCUUGUGUGGGCGGAAACCAGAUCAUUCAAGUGGACAGCAUUUAAUAAUCCCAGAGCAAAGUCGAGUGGAAAUCAAUGAACAUCUUAAGAUUGCUCGAGGUAAACUUCAGUUGAUUCCUAACAAAAUGUUUGAAGAGCUUGUUAUGGAUCUUUACGAAGAAGUUGAUCGUCGUGAAAUGGAGACAAUCUGGUCAACAUGUUCGCCAAAUCCUGAAGUCGGUGGAGUUCCUUUUCUUCCAACAAAUCCACAUUUGUCAGCUACACGUAAUCAAGGACGUCAAAAGCUUGCAAGAUUUUCUCAUGUGGAGUUUUGUGGUUUACUUAGUGACAUUUUAGUAGACGCACGAAGACGACAAAAUAUUGCAAACUUGCGUCCAUUGGAUCAAGUUUCAACUCCAUUACCACCAAACAUUACGCUUAAUUCAAGCUCCGGUAAUUUGAAUUCUAUUGUGUCUGCAAAACCACCCACCCCAACGAAUGUGCAUCAACAAUCGCCUGUACAUAAUGCAAGCACUUUUAAUCCUUUGGAAGUUGAAACGUUGAAGAAUCAAUUGAAAAAUUCUGAAUUGACGAUAUCUGAACUGAAAACGAUUGUCGAGAAAUUGGCGAUGGAAAAUUCAAUGCUGAAGACUCGAAUUGAUUCACAAAUAAUUCCUCAAGAUGUGCAAUUGAAAAUUCAUGAUGCAUCUGACACAACUGCUACUGAAGUUGAGCCUGUUUUAGAUGUAAGAUCGUCUACUGCAAAUGGUUCUGGUAUGAAUUCAAAGCGACCUGUAUCAAUGUAUGAAGCACGUCAGACACCUCGCGAAGAAAAUCGACCAACAAUUACUCAAAGUUUGUAUUCUGUUGGUUCAUCUUCAUCAAAUUCUUCGAAUUCUAAUCAACCAAUGCCAUUAGUUGAAGAAGUUACAAAACGAACGGAAGUUGUGACUCGUCGAAUUCAAGAACUUUGGCUUGCCAUGCAAGAUCUCACAAAAAAAGAUGCUUUUGUGCCAUGUUCAGAACGCAUUCGUGUGGGGGUUGAAGAACUGAUUGCCAUUUUUCCACCCACUAUGAAUGACGAAGUUCUGAAAUCUGCCUUACGUCAACUUAAUUUGAAUACUGCGAGUGUUCAAACUGAAUGUACGAAUCUUCAACGAGCUCUGAUCAAAGACAAUCCAACAAUUGUUGAAAUUUAUCUACAGCAAGUUCGAAAUUGUGCAUACAAUUUAGCAAAAGCUACAAAAACACUCGUCACGCAGUUUCAACAAUAA